AUGGCGUCUGCUUCUGGAAACAAGAACGCCGCAGCUUCAUCUUCUGGUGCUCAACGCCGAGCACCUCCCGUCGUUCAGCCAGGCGGAGGCAACAAUAUAAUCAUCAAUCCUAAUCAAAGAUUGAACCCGAUACUGGAAGCCAUCAAGAAUGUGGGCAAGGAGUUUGGCGAGAUCCCGGCUGACUUCCAAGUCGGGCGUACGACGGGCGUGCUCUUCUUGAGCUUGCGGUACCACCGACUUCAUCCCGAGUACAUUCACACGCGAGUCGAAGGCAUCAAGAACGCAUAUAACCUCCGCAUCCUGCUUCUCAUGUGCGAUAUCUCAGAGCACCAGGACCCAAUACGCGAACUGACCAAGAUGUGCAUAAUCAACAACAUAACCGUUAUCGUAACAUGGUCAGCAGAAGAAGCCGGCUCCUACCUCGCGACCUACAAGCGCUUCGAACACCGCCCCCCUACAAUGAUCAAAGAGCGCAUCGAGAAGGAGCCCGCAGCCAUCAUGCGCGCCGCUUUAACCAGUAUCAGCAAAGUGAACAAGACGGAUGUCGAGACGUUACGGACGACUUUCGGCAGCUUCGCAUCAAUAGCCAAAGCAUCAGCCGACGACCUCGCCCAGCUCCCCGGCUUCGGACCGAAGAAAGUAGCAAGGAUGAAAGACGCGUUCGAUCGGCCGUUCAGGAACGCCGGGACGUCUACGCUCGCUCAAUCCCAGUCUCAGAUACAGGAGGACGAAGACGCUAUGGACGCUGCGAACUCGAAUGUCGAAGCGAGUAGAGGAACGAUCCAAGCGCCGGCGGGCCAACGCCCGCUACCCGACAUCCGCAUGCCCCCGCCUCCACCACCACCAACCCGAAAGGAUAAAGGCAAAGCCCGCGCAACGUCCGCAGAUUUCGACGCGGACGAACUAUCCUCUCCAUCCCCGCCUCCAACUCUGACCGGCGUCGUCCCGCGCCCGAAACGAACCCAACCCGCGUCUUCCUCGACAGGGCAAAAGACGAGACCGCAAGCGCGCGAGGAGAGCCCGCCGUGGGAUAUUGAGCUGGAUCUGACUACGCCUGAGCCGGAGCCGCCGAGGCAGACGGGCAAGAGGAGGGAGAGGGAGAGGGAGGAGAGCCCGGUGUGGGAUAUUGAGUUGGAUUUGAAUCCGAGCGAUGUGGAGGAGGAGGAGGGGAGGGGGGCGAAGAGAAGGCGGUAG